AUGACGUCUGAAAAUAACACUAAAGAACAAAAUCACCAUAUGACUACAAACGAUUUAUCAUUAUCAUCAAAUAUAUUUGAUGCAGAUGUAUCGAUUGAAUUAAACAAUCGUAUAAGAAAUGAUUUUAUGUCUUAUUGUUUUUCAUUUUUACAAGAAAAUGAAGAAGCUCAGCAAUGUGUUCAAAUUGUAUGGAAUAAAUAUUUACAAUGUGUGGGUGAUAUUGCUAUAUCAUCAGCUUUUUUUGAUACACUCCCAUUUCAUAUAAAAUCAUCUGUUUUGCCAAAAUAUCAAAUUGAAAUAGUAGAAUGGUGUCAAAACUUAUUUCAUAUUCAUGCAAAUGCAUUACUUUGUUCAACAUAUUAUUCUGAAACAUUUCAACGUGUUAUUCGUUAUGCAUUGAAAAAUGAUCGAUUUAAAAAAGGAAUUAUUUAUGUUCCUAUGGAUUUUGAUACAAAUUUAAAAAUUGAUUUAACAUCUUCAUUAUCAAAUAUUAAAUUUGAACAUAUUUCAAAUGAUAUUUCAUCGGAAGAUAUGAUUGAUAUUAAUCAACUUGAAGAACGUAUUAAACGUGAUGCUAAUGAUAUACAAUCAUAUCCUUUCAUGGUUAUUGCAAAUGCAGGUUCAGCAUUAUUAGGUCACUGUGAUCAAUUAACAAAAAUAAAAAAACUUUGUGAGCAAUAUAAUAUUUGGCUUCAUGUUAUUGGAGAUUUAUUAGGAUCAUUAGCUUUAUUAUCAACAAUAAAAGAUAAUGUGAAUAUUAGUUGUGAUAGUUUAACAAUUGACAUCAUGAAAUUAUUUGGUAUACAAAAUCUUCCUUACUUAACUUUUUUUCUUCAAUCUACAACAGAUAUUAAACAAAUAGAUGAUAAUAAAUCAUUAGUAACAUCUCAUCCACUUUAUGAUUUUAUUUUACAUAGCCCAUCAAUUAGUUUUUUGAGUGUAUGGUCAAUUAGUCAGCGAUGUUCAAACUAUAAUAUACUUUCUCAUAUGAAAGUAUCAUUUGAAUUAACAAAUUUAUUAUUAACUAAUUUAAAUGAUAUUAAAAGAUUACGAAUUCUAAAUGGUGAUGAUAAUCAAGAAAUUUAUACGUAUCAACGUAUUUGUUCAGGAGAUGCACCUAAUAUUAUUUUACCAAAACCUGUUGCUAUUUUUCGUUUUGAACCUAAUGAUUUACCAGAAUUUGAAACUAUGGAUGAUUUAAGUGGUUAUGUUGAUCUUCUUAAUCUCUGGUUAUUUGAUAAACUUUCUCAGCAUUAUCCUAAAAUGAAUUUAGAAUUACUUAAAAGUGUUCAUUUUCAAAUAAAAAUAUCAAAUAAUACAGAUUUAAGUCAAACUCCAGCUCAUGCUAUUCGUUUUGCACCAUUAGAACAUUUACUUGAUGUUAUUGAUGAAAAUGAUAUGCAAUCAUUCAUAGAAGAUAUUCAACGUUAUAUUGAUAUACUUCUUGCAACAAUGACUGGACGUAAAAAUCUUUCAUCAAUUGUUUCAAAAUAUGAAAAUCUCCUUUCGCUUCCAAUGCCAAGUUGGGCUGGUGUUGGAGCUGUAAGUUAUAUUCCGAGUCACAUAAAGUCAUCAGAAAUAAAUGAAGCAUCAAUCAAUGAAAUAAAUACAAUUCAAGCCGAAUUAGCAAGACAAUUACAAACACAUGAUACAGCAUUUUCAUUAGGUGGUGGAAUAGAUGAACAUGAAUCCAUGUUUUAUUUACGUUUAGGAAUGAUAAGAAAAUCUGAAGAUCUUGAUGUGUUAUUAAACAAAAUUUUAAAUGCUGGUAAAGAAACAGAAACAUCAUUAAAAUAUGUUGAAGAUAUGGCAGAAAAAAUUAAAACAGGAAUUGAAAAAGUUCAAAAAGAUUUACACGAUGAAAAUCUACAAUUAUUUGCUCAAGAGGGUCUUUUAAGACAUUUACCAUUAGUUUCAAGUAUAAUGUCAUGGUGGAGUCCAUCUCAAUCAACAUCACCAUUAGCAAUAAAAGGUCGAUCAUUUGAUUUGAAUUCUGGUCGAAUUGAAUCAACUGAAGAUACAUAUGUAUAUCGAAUGCAAAUUAAAAAACAAUCUCCUCAUGCACCAACGCAUAAUCAUGAGGAAACUACGCCGAUUAAUUCAAAUAAUGUAGAAAAUCCAACUGAAUCAAAUACUAACCAAUAA